GACGAACCUGCUGCAGCACCAGAGAUCAACCACAAGAAACUCAAUUUAGAACCUGAAACGAGUUCCGUCAACAACAAAGAAGAAACGGAUGGUUUCGAAACGGCUAGCGAAGGCGAUCAUUCUGAUAGAGGUACCGACUUUGGCGACGACGAACAACAACAACAAGAAAAAUUUGCGCCAUUGACGGCUGUUAAGGAUGAUUCUUAUGAAGAUGCUCUUGAUGAUGAUCAAUUGAAACAGGGAAAGUAUGAUGAGACAGUCAAGGAAUGUUCAAAAGCUAUAGAACUAAAUCCAGCAUAUGUCAAAGCUCUUCUCAGGAGAGGAGAGGCUUAUGAAAAGCUUGAACGAUAUGAAGAGGCCAUCUCUGAUAUGAAAAAAAUAUUGGAAGUGGAAGCUUCAAAUGAGCAGGCUAGGAGGAACAUUGUUCGAAUGGAGCCAUUAGCCCGAGAAAAGGCGGAAAAGAUGAAGGAAGAAAUGAUUGGUAACCUUUUUCUUCUUCACACUUCCGCUGAUCCUCUCCUGUAUCUUCACUCUCCUUUGUGAUUAGUUUCUCACUGUGUAGUCUUGCGCGUUGUUGACGGAUCUCAUAGUUGAACAAGCUUUCAGAGAUUGAUUCUCCCAUGGCGGAGCUUUCCAUUUCCGUCUUUCAUCAUGGUCUCAUGGUGGUCAGGUUUAUCCAUUUCCAGCAUGUUCUUUUAGUGCUAAAAUUUUGCCUGGAGCAUGUUUUUAUAGACAGAUUUCUCUAAACCAAAUAGAUUUAGGAUCUGAUAUAUGUUGCGAUAAGAAACUAAAUCCAAGCUAAUUGUUGAAUAAUGGCUUAGCAACUUGAAAAAGGAAGAGCAUGAAACUCCUUUAGCCUAUGAAUUUCCUGUUUUUGAAGCGAAUACUUCUGUCUGGCAUAUUUUCUGUUCAUUGGUGUGGCAGUAAUCUUUUUGUUCAUGUGAUUCAUUGGUGAUGUGACGUUUUCUGUAUUUUUCUGUUGUUACUCUUGAAAUUCGGAGGUGGUUUCUUUUUUGAAUUGGAAUAACUUGUAGUUCGUGGUGUGGUGAUGUGAUAUACUUCGUAAUAAUCUAGCUGGAUUUGGUACUUUUGCUGAUAUUCAAAGUUUAAGUGAGUUAGACAUGACACUCUUUUAUCACCGUCAACAUUUUCUAAAUUAAACCAACUUGAUUUGGUAUUGUUUUGUCUGAGUUUAAUAUCGACUCGUGUUCAUUUUUUACUAAAUGUUAAUGUUGAAUUUUAGUAAUAUGGAAGCUUUGUUUUGUAUUUGUUGUUGCUAAGUGCUAACUAAACUGUUAAUUGCAGGACAUUGGUGAUGGAGUUUAUAUUCUAAUAGAAAAAGUCGCUAGAAAGAGUACUGGACUGGCCCUUCCCUGACCCUAUCCUUUCUGUUUACCGAUAUUUUUCUCAAUUUGAAAGUGAAAGGAGUAUUUCUCGUUGCUGAUACUGAAAGUAGAUAAAAUACUAUGAGUUAUUUCUUUUGUGGUGCAGUGUGAUAAUAAUUCUUACUUAUCUGAUCAAGAAGCGCUGCAUGACUAUAUCUCAAGCUCUUGAAUACGUGAGAAGCAAAAGAUCGCAGGCAUCCCCUGAUUCUGGCUUAAUAAAGCAGCUCCGACAGUAUGAACAAUCACUAGGAGAUCAUCUCUUUUGCUUCGCUUAUCAGAUACAAAGACACAAGGAUCAACCAGUCAGGUUGGUUAUCUGACUAUACAGUAACAAAACUAAGUGCAAUUUUGAGACAAUAGCAUAACAUUCCUGCUCAUGGCAUCGUUGCCACCAAAUACAGGGUAUGUAUUUCAGGCUGUGAGAAAUGUAGGUGUAAAAGUCGUUGUCUCAAACUUCGAUACUCGAUUAAGACCUCUGUUGAGGGUUCUGAAUUGUGAACAUUGGUUUGAUGUUAUGAUCGUUUCAGCAAAACUAACUGGCUAUCAGUCGGAUUUUACUUGGAAAUGUCUGUACAUUAUUGAGUUUGAACUGGAUUUCUCUAACGGGUUGCUGCUGAGAAGCCAAAUCCAACAAUAUUUCUGAAGGCGUGUGAUCUUCUGGGUGUAAAGCCAGUGGAUGAUGUUCAUGUUGGUGAGAUCGUAGAAACGAUGUAUGGGGCGCAAGGGUUACAGGCUUCAUGUUAUUUAGCGUGUGACAAGGAUGAUAUGCGGCAACUCCAGAUUUGCAAAUAGAGAGAGUGCUAGAAUCUGCAAAUUUAGAUGUUUUAAUGCAAUAUGUGGCUUAUUUGCCUUUCUAUUUAAUUUAUUAUUUAUUUUAGCAGCCAAUAAUGGUCAAUAUGUCAAUAUUGAAACAAACGUUGUAAGUUAUGUAGCACGUUCUCAUACAUUGUAACAUACACCAUAUAUAAAUAUAUGAUUUCACUUUUUAAAA